CUUCCUUCUCGCGCGAAUUAUCAAACAUGGCUGAGACAGGCAUAAUCUCAUACUUUACGCCGAACAGAUAACACAUUCACCUACAUCUUAGGGGAGAUCUACCUUCUCGAUCAAGGACUUUGUAAUAAAGUAAUACAGAGCUACUUUCUUUAUUUCAAGAAUGGCUUCCGCAGAAGGUGACGUUCCUGCUGAAAUGCAAGACAGGGGAAAGUGGUAUGGAGAUGCUGUGGAUUACUGGAAAAGUGUUCCUGCAACAGUGAACGGAAUGUUAGGAGGUUACGGUCACAUCUCACCAACAGACAUCAAAGAUUCAAAGAGGUUUCUGAAGAAUUUUCUGGAUCUUUCAGAUAAACAGGAUGAGAAUAAACCUUCCAAGAUGAGGCGUAUUGAACCCUUAACAACAGAGGACACCUCUACAACCCAAAAAAUAAAGCCAUUUACAGCCCUUGACUGUGGUGCUGGAAUUGGUCGUGUCACAAAGAACUUGCUCUUACCAUUAUUUAACACAGUGGACAUGGUGGAGCAAAAUGCCGAUUUUCUAGAAGAAGCAAAAAAUUAUCUGGGAGAUAAAAAGGAUCGUAUUGGACAAUUUUAUCCUCAAGGUCUGCAGGAUUUUAAACCUGAACCAGGACGCUACAGUAUCAUUUGGUGUCAGUGGGUACUCGGGCAUUUGACAGAUGAUGAUUUUGUGGAUUUUUUCAAGCAAUGUAAGUCAGGACUCAUGCCAGGUGGUUUAAUAUGCGUCAAGGAAAAUGUCACAAAGGGUGGGGUUGACUUGGAUGCUCAAGACAGCAGUGUAACCAGGUCUGAUGAAAAGCUCAGAGAAUUGUUCUCAAAGUCUUCACUGACUGUGAUCAAGGACGAAGUACAGACGAACUUUCCCACAGAACUCUAUGUUGUAAAAAUGUAUGCCUUAAGACCAAAUGUCUGAUACCAAGUUAGCCUUCUAGCGUUUAUCUCCAAGAAGUCAUAACUGCGCAAUGAGUCCAAAACCAGUUGGAGACCAACGAAAGAUCUGAAUUACGACAACAAAUUAGCACUCUCUGGCUCAUAAAUUUGAUUACUCUCAUCACCAACUUGCUUGAUAAUGUAGUGAAAUCGUUGCGAGAAAUUACGUAUUUAUCUUCUCUAUGAAAAGGGCUAACAGCCAUUAACACAAUGCCAGAUAGGUUUUUACUUGAUCGUGUUGUUUGAUCCCCCGGGUCAGGGUAGUCUUAAAAAGGUCUGUUGUUGGGAGUAGCGACGGACUAUUGGACAACCUGAGUGGAAGGCAUCAUCAGAGUCAGGAUAUACUCAUGAGUUCUGUUCAGGUUGUCAAAACAUCAGUCAACGCACCAACAACAAUUUUUUCUAGUUCUAUCACUUACACAGUCAGUCUUCACUGACUGUUAGUCUUGGGCUCAAGCUUGUCGCUUCGUGUUUGAGCUGGUUUUUCCUAUGUUCUCUAUUUUUAUUGUACAUAUGGAGUUGAAUCCAAGAGCGAAGAGUUUUUUUUAAUAAGUUGUUAAUAUUCACAGUCCAUACGGUUUUGAAAUGCAGCAAAUAGUUAUGUAUUGAUUUAUUACUAAACCUGCAAGUAAUA